AUGCGAGUCGAGGCCGCACAGAGAAAGCCCGCCAUCUCAGUUUGGCGGCAAACUACGAUUGCGAGACCGCUAGUGGCAGUACGUAGUGCGCAGGAGUCGAGGGCGACUUGUCUUCAAGGCCGGCACGAUACUGACAUACAGCGAGGUGGUCUACUUCGUGUGCAAGAAGAAACUGGGCCACCUGCCGACUACACUAAAAACGCCACUUCAUCUUUAUCCAAAAGCGGAGCAAGGAAACAAACUCGCGCAGAAAUGACGAGAACCACACCACGAAGACAAGGCUGCGGGGAGGAGCAGAAAGGAAAAGAUGGCAUGAUCAAGCGAGAGCACCAUGCGGUCCUGUUGAAGAAGCUGCGUGCGUCGCCGAAAACCUGGCGAGAAGAGCUAUUGCAGGAACUCGGGUUGAGGCGGAAGAAAAAGAAUCUCCAGAACGGGAAGACGAACAGCCCCGGCGGCGGGGAGUACAGCAAUAAAACGACACUGCUGCUGGAGAGCCCGUCUCCUGCUUGUGCUUUAAAGAUUCCCACACGCCGUAGUUCUUCGGGGGAUGAAGCUCCUACCGAGCGACUGUAUACAAAAGCAAAAGGUCUUCACGAAGACGAAGAGGAAAACUCAAUCGGCUCCACCGGUCGUAUUGAGGCUGUUGUAGUACAACAAGUGGUCGACAGGCCGCUCUCUGUGGACAGAGCCGAGGCGGAUCAACGACCAGAGGCGGCUCAGGUGAUGCCAAAACAAGCAGGCAAUAGCACCUUCGGGCUGGAUCUGCACGACGAGACUCAAGGAAGCGAUGGACCUCCGCAGCAGGGCCAAUCGGAAGCAGUAGAUAUCGCUGGGAGAAGAAGUGCGUCUUUGGAACAGGACGAAAUGCAUCGCGAACGAACUAGUAUUGUUCCAACUGCAGAUGAAAAUUCGAAUGAAAGCCGUAGUGGUUAUUUUGCGAGCGAAAAUUCUUGCGCCACACUUGAUGUUCUCGCGGACCUGGUGGCGCCGGUAACUGCAAGCACAGUGCCGGGCGGGAUGGUGGUGUGCAAUAAUGGCUACAAAAAACUGCGAUUCGCUUUUGGCGACGACCAAAACCGGUGGGACGACACAAGCAACGAACAGAAGUCUACUGGCCCCGAGCACCCGCCUUCAGAAAAUGCAAAUGGCGAUGGAGGACAAGUAGCAGCAGCACCUGCUAAAAAUGGGGUUGACAGAACAUCAAGUAGAACCGAAACCACUAGUACCGCGCGUCAGUUCUUGUUUUCGUCGGAGGCGGCCGGGAGUGCAGCAGCAGAUCAGGAUGAUCAUACUGAUUCUGGCGGCCUUUGUCAGGAUGAACUUGCUGAUCCGAGAAGGCUUUCUUUGGUAGCACGCACCGAUCUACUGGUGACGAAAGCAGGAAAUCCUAGUGGUUCCGACCUUGAAGAUGUUUUCUACACGCCGCGGGAACAUCAAGGGGAGGAUCUCGUCGAGCCAGUAGAAGACCUCGCCUUCUUCUCCCCCCGUCAGUUUAUCGGCGAUUUGGUCGGGGAGCGGGAGCUGUUUCCGAACAGCAUCCACCUGCGGUUCCGUGCAGUUGGGUCCACAAAUAAUAGAAUUUCAUCUCCGCUGGUCGUGAGAGCUGGUCGUCCAUUGCCGAAGCAGAAGACGUCCGUGUUUCCAGAAGUGGCCAAGGCGCAGCUAUUGGCAUUGGGUUCAGCUGUUGCAGAUGAUGGGGAAUUCGACGCGGCGCGGGAGACGAGUGCAGCGCUCGAAAACCCCUCUCGGCCACAAAGAUUCAUGAGCAACGACCCACAGCCACUGCUUUUUCAGCGCGCCGGCGGGUCGUUUUACAGUCAGAUGCACAUGAACACUAGCGGCCGCCGGCACGGCUUUACCCCCCUCACGCCUUUUCAGCGGACUGCUGCCCCGGUGUUACCGAUGAGCGCCAAGAAACACACUACGCCGGCGGUAACGGGACAAGCAGGUCAGAAUCCAAGUUCGCCGGUAUCAUUUUCUACGACGGGGACAAGUGGUCUCUCGGAUCUCAAAGCAAAAGAAAAAGCCAUACCUCCGUCGCAAGUAGUAGUAGGUCAUGCGCAGGUGGAUGAACAAGAACAACACGCCCUGCACAUCCCGGAGAUUGUCACGCUCCCAACGGACGGGGCGGAGAGGAUUUACCGAAAAGAGAUUGAAAUGGUGGAUACGCCACCGAGAUACCGGUACCGGGAGGUGCAGAAGUGCCAGAAUGUGUUUGAAACGCUGAAAAUCAGCGCCGCCCAGGAGGCGGAAUGAACGCAGAGGGACGGAGGUUCAUUCGUAGGUGGAACUACGGUUCGUGACCGUGUGGUUUAAAGCAGGCUCUACUUCUGUGCAGCUUUGUAUGCUUUGCGGGAAAGCUUUUUCUAUACUUCAACUUUUGCUUCUCCGUCUCCGUGCAUGCGAUUCGCCUUUUUAAGUAGAGCGCCAUGCCUAUUCGUAGAAAUUUUGGUACAUUACUUCACCAUAUGCAUAUCGCAUUGCUCAGGUCGAAGAUUUUGG